AAGAGCUUAGACCAAGAGAGGGAAGCCACUGGGUAACUACUUGAUGAUGAUGAGUGUUUCAAGUACAAUUAUAUAUACCUGAAAAGAGGACCAUUUCUUUCUCUAAUUAACUCACUACUUAAAUCCCAAUUAACUGUGCUGAACAUAUGGCACUUUCCCUUGCUUCUUCUUCUUUCUCACCUCUUACUACUCGAUAUGAUGUUUUUAUCAGUUUCAGAGGCGAGGACACGCGUAACAAUUUUACCAGCCAUCUUCAUUCUGCUCUUCUCAGAAAUCAGAUUGAGACCUUCAUAGAUUAUAGAAUCCCGAAAGGAGGUGUCGUCUGGAACGAACUUGUUGAAGCCAUCAGAGAUUCAAAGUUGUUUGUUGUUAUCUUCUCCGAAAACUAUGCUUCCUCUAGCUGGUGCUUGAGAGAGCUGGUUGAGAUCAUGGAGUGCAAGAAAAAGAAUGAACAAGUUAUUGUGAUUCCAGUGUUCUAUAAAAUAGAGGCCACACAUGUUCGCAAGCAGAGUGGAAGUUACCGCAGAGCAUUUGAUGAGCAUGAGAGAUCCUCCAACCGUAAACAUGUGCACCAAUGGAGGACGGCACUCACUGAAGCUUCGAAUCUCUCUGGCUUCACUUGCGAUCACCACAGGCAAGAAGCAAAGUUGAUUGAUGAAAUUGUGGAAGCAAUUUUUCCAAAUCUGAAUAACAAUGGUUUUAGAGAUGACCUCAAAAGCCCUUUUAUUUGUAACAGAAAUUAUACUUCUGUUAAAUCCUUAUUGAAAUUUAAGUCAGAGAAUGUUCUUGUGAUUGGAAUUUGGGGUAUGACUGGUAUUGGCAAGACAACCAUUGCUACUACUCUUUUUCAUGAGUGUUUUUCAGAAUAUGAAGGUCAUUGUUUUUUAACCUUUUCAAAAAAAUUAGAAGGAAAAGGUCUUAAUUACAUAUGUGCUAAACUUCUUUCUCAAUUGUUAAAUCAAGAUCUUUGUAUCGAUAAUAUUCGAGUAAUACACUCUAGUAUUAUCCGUAAAAUCAAGCAUAGAAAGAUCUUUGUUGUACUAGAUGAUGUGACUAAUUCACAAAUUGCAACUGAUUUGAUUCAACUGUUUCGUAAUUGUCUGAGUUCUGGUAGUAGAAUCAUUUUGACAACAAGAGAUAGAAAUGUGCUUACAAGUGGAGGAGCCGAAGAAAUCCAUGAAGUGAAGGAAAUGAAUUUUGAGGACUCUCUUAAAGUUUUUAGCCAUAAUGCCUUUAGUGGUUCUCAUCCUAAAGAGGAUUAUUAUGAGCUAUCAACAAGAGUCGUAGCAGAUUAUGCCAAAGGAAUACCAUUAGCAUUAAAAAUUUUAGGAUCAUUUCUUCGGACCAAAGAAAAAAGUGAAUGGGAUAGUGCAUUGAAAAAAUUACAAAAGUAUCCCAAUCCAGAUAUUCAGCAAAUGUUGAGAUUGAGUUAUGAUGCAUUAGAUGAUGAUGAAAAAAACAUUCUGUUAGAUAUUGCGUGCUUUUUUCACGAGCAUGAAAUGGAGAUGGUAACAAGAAUAUUAAAUUCUUGUGGUUUCUUUGCAGACAUAGGGAUAAAAGGCUUAUCGGACAAGUCUCUUGUAAGCAUUUAUUUAAAUGGUGGUUGUAAAUACAUAAAAAUGCAUAGCUUGAUACAGGAAAUGUGUUGGAAAAUCAUUCAUGAAGAAUAUAGCAAAAAUGGUGGUCAACAAACAAGACUGUGGAAUACGGAAGAAAUCUGCAAUAUAUUCCAAGAUGAAAGGGAUAUUCAUGGAGUUGAAAGCAUGAUUGUGGAUAUGAAUCAAAUUACAAUAGAUCCACGUAUAAUCAUCAUUGCAUUAAGAAAGAUGCCAAAAUUAAGGUUACUUGCUUUAAGAGGAAAUAUCAAUAUAGAUCUUGAACAGAACAGAGUGCUUAUAGAGGAUUUUCAACUUCCUAAUAACUUAAGGUAUAUUGAGUGGAAUAAAUGUCCACUUAAUUUUGUGCCAUCUAUUUGUUGGCCUCAAAAACUUGUUCAACUUUCCAUGCGAGAUAGCAAUAUUGAAAAACUUUGGGAUACAGCACAGAAUCUACCGAGUUUGGAGUCUAUUUACCUUAAUGGCUGCAAACGCUUGACAGAGUGCCCAAAUUUAGCAGGUGCCACGAAUCUCAAAACAAUAUCACUCUCUGGCUGUAAAAGUUUACAUGAUGUUCAUCCAUCUAUUUUCUCUCUCCCCAAGAUUGGACAACUACAUGUGAACUAUUGCACAUCGCUAAAGAGGCUUUGCAGUGACUAUUGUUCUCCUUCUCUGUGGGGCUUGUGGGCCACUGGUUGCUCCAACUUGGAAGAGUUUUCAAUUCCCACGAUGGGUGAUCAUUCCAAACUUUACUGGUUACAUUUACCAUCAACGGCUUUGAGUGAAGUGCCAUCCACUAUUAUGCAUCUCAAAAAUCUUGAGGGGUUUGCUUUUAACAUCAGUUACUCUCUUCAGAAACUUCCUCUAAACUUUACCCGUAGAAUUGCACUCAUGGAUCCAAUAAAACAUGAAGACAACACAUGCAUCAUGUUAAGUAGAAUAUUGCCCACCCCUGCCUUCUUGUCUCUCAAGGAAUUACUUUUCUUCAAAUGUAAGAGUUUGUCUAAACUCCCAGACAACAUUCAUGUCUUACAAUCAUUACAACUAUUACAUCUGGAAAGUUGUCACGUCAUUACAAGUUUGCCAAAAAGCAUUAAGAAUCUUCAACAACUCAUGGAACUUAACAUCGUUGAUUGUAAAAUGGUAAAAUACUUACCUCCACUUUCCCCAUCUAUUAUAGGCUUUAAAGCACUAAACUGCAAAUCCUUGAAGGAAGUCUCAAGUUUAACCAGUGAACCACGCAGACAACACUAUGCAUGGUUUGUAUUCCAUAACUGCACAAAGUUGGAUGAUGAUGCAUAUGAAGCCGUUUUGAAAGACUUGAAAUCCAGGAUAGAACUUGUGGCAAAUAAUGAUGGAUAUCUGCAUAAUGAAGCAUACAAUGGUAAUAGACUCUUCUACUAUUUACCAAGUAAAGAGAGCAUAAUUAAUGAGUGGUUCCCUGACUACUACUCAAGAGAAGCUUCCAUCAUUGUUGAAGUUCCUCCGGAUCACAAGAUUUCUUCUUGUCUUGUUGGCUGCAUCUUGAUUUCUCAAUACCAAUCUUUCAACUUUGGCAAGAAAACAAUGAUAUUUGGAUGGGAAUGCUACUUGGGAAAGGGUUGCAACGAGUGGGAAUGGAUCGCAACUUCUGCCAAUAGAGGACACUUGACCAGAUAUGUUCCCGAUGAUGAUGUGAUUGAUCAAUUGAUGAAAAUGGUAUCAGAUCAUAAGGUAGUAUGGUAUGAUGGAGAGGGUUCCAACAAGAUAACGGAAGCAAUCAAAGAGAGAAGAAAAGGCACCACCACUUGCAAUCCUAUCCUUAAAUUUGAGUUCUAUGCUCAUACAAAGGAUAAUGAGGAAGUAGUGAUAAAGGAGUGUGGGAUCCGUUGGAUGCAUGUCCAUGUCAAUGAUGAAGGAGAGAUUAGUCCAGAUGCCACUCAUGAGGGCUAUGAAUCUCAUGACGUUGAGAGUCAGAGAACAGAGAACCGGAGAAAGAGUGGAUUUACGUCAUGGUUCCAAAGAUUACUGUGUUAUAAAGCAAAUACCGAGGAAGAGAUAUAGAGAAAUAUCACUCCAAAACAGAAUAAUAUGUUUCUGUUAAAUUAAGAGAAGAACAUAUCAUAUGACAACUCCAUCCAACACGAAAUCUUCUGUGGGGAACAGUUGUACUUCCUUUAGUUCAUUAUUGUUGUAAUAGUGGUCUAUUUGGUCACUCUAUAGCACACUUUCUCUGAAAACACACCAUUACUUAUUUUUGCUCAUUUGAUUUUUGUUCAAUUUCCCUGUCAACUCGGUAGUCUGUUUAAUUUGCAUAUUACUUUAAUACUUUUGCAUUGGCAUUUUCACGCUUUGUUUUAUAUUCAUAUUAAGAUAUUAUCUAUUACUACAAGACAGGGUUUAAUGAUAAUUGAAUCAUGAAGGAAGGCCAUAUAAUUAAAUAAAUAUUAUAUAAUACAUGAUGUCAUCAUUUCAAUACAAUACUUAGCUUGUUUGCGACGUACGUGUGGUCACCAUUAUGCAUCUCUAUUAUGAAGAAAAGAAUGAUAAUAUAUCCUUCUACCAUUUACCAAGUAAAGAGAGCAUACUUAAUGAUUGGUUCCCUCACUGCUACUCUACAGAAGCUUCGAUCGUUGUUGAAGUUCCUUCAAAUCACAAGCUUUCUUCUUGCCUUGUUGUCUGCAUGCUACUUUUCACAAUACCAAUAUAGAAACCUUUGGAAUAAGCAUAUGAUAUUUGGAUGUGAAUGCAACAUGGAAAAGGGUUGCAACAAAUGAGAAUGGAUAACAACUUCUCACAAUAGACCACACAUGAUGGUUGUAUUCAAAAUGGUGUCAGAUCAUAUGAUAGUAUUGGAUGAUGGAGAGUAUUCCAACAAGAUAAUGGAAGCAAUCAAAGAGACAAAGAGGGAAACCACUUGCAAUCCUAUCCUUAUGUUUGAAUUUGCUGCUCAAACAGUGGAUAAAGAGGAAGUAGUCAUAAAACUUAAAAGGGUGUGGAUCCAUUAGUGAACAAUUUGAUACAAUACUCAAAGCUCCAAUAUUUAGAGAUCACAUUUCUUCUUAUUCUGUUUUUCAUGCUUGCCUUGCAUACCAAGCCAUCGAUAAUCCCUUCAUUAA